UAGUACUAUAGCGGUUGUUCCGUUUAGUGAUCUAGCAACCAUUGGUAACAUUGCCCGUUUAAUAGAGCGGCACUUCACGCGGUACUAGACGUACACAGAAAUUUCGUUCUACUGUGUCAUCGAUUUAAAUCCAUCAUGUAAUGUUACGAAAGGCAAAGAGAGAUCGUUCUAUUUUAGACGCAUCCGGUGAGACGAAUUACCCCCAGGGGUGGGGUCUCCUGUCAUUUAAAACCAAAGGAGGGCUUAAGUUAUGUUGAUCACGUAAGAAACAAUAUUCAUUAAUACAAUCAUGGCACGACCUAUUGUUCCUAGUCAACAGAAGUUGGCUGAGAAGCUAACUAUUCUGAAUGACAGAGGUAUUGGAAUGUUAACCCGCAUUUAUAAUAUAAAGAAAGCCUGCGGUGAUGCAAAAUCAAAACCAGGUUUCCUCUCUGAUAAAACUUUGGAAUCGUCUAUCAAGACUAUCGUUAAGAAGUUUCCCAACAUAGACAUUAAGGGUCUCCAAACGAUUACCAACCUUCGUAAUGAGAUUAUUAAAUCUCUAUCCUUGUAUUAUUAUACUUUCGUUGACCUGCUUGACUUCAAAGAUAAUGUCUGCGAACUCUUAACUACAAUGGAUGCUUGCGGAGUACACAUGGAUAUUACCAUAAAUUUUGAUUUAACCAAAGGUUAUUUGGAUCUUGUUGUGACUUAUGUGAGCUUGAUGAUACUUUUGUCACAAGUGGAGGAUCGUAAAGCGGUACUCGGAUUAUUUAAUGCAGCCCAUGAAAUGGUGCAUAGCCAAUCUGAUCCUAGCUUUCCUCGUUUGGGUCAAAUGAUUAUGGACUAUGAUGCACCAUUAAAGAAGCUAUCAGAGGAGUUUGUUCCACACUCUAAAUUAUUGAAGCAUGCUCUCACUUCUUUGUGGCCUAUUUAUCCUGGGAGAAACUUAUCCGCGGACACGUGGAGGGCUGAUCAAAAGCUGAGCCUCGUCGGUAGUCCCGGAAAAAUACUUAAAGCAGCAGCAACAGAUACUAUGUCUUGCGAAACUUUAAGCUUGGAUAGAAUAGAGAGAUGGGUCAUUUUAGGAUUUACAUUAUGUCAUUCAUUCUUAAGUCAGGAACAGCCUAGUAAACUUUGGACCACAGCUUUGGAAUCAGGCUGGGUUUUAGCCUUGUUCAGAGAUGAAGUAAUUUAUAUACACCAAUAUAUACAAACAUUUUUCGAAAGUAUAAAAGGGUACGGUAAAAGGGUGUCGGAAGUGAAAGAAUGUUACUCGCAAGCGGUACAAAAAGCUGGCCACAGACAUCGUGAAAGGAGAAAAUUUUUAAGAACAGCACUGAAAGAACUAGGUUUAAUUUUAACCGAUCAACCCGGUCUGUUAGGGCCGAAAGCAUUAUUGGUUUUGAUGGGACUUUCCCACGCGAGAGACGAAGUUCUAUGGCUCUUAAGACACGGCGUGAAUCCGCCGAUGCAAGGGAAGGGCAAAGGAAAAGGGGAGGAGGAUUUAGUCGAUCGUCAAUUACCGGAAUUAUUAUUUCACUGCGAAGAAUUACGAGCGCUAGUGAAGAAAUAUUCCCAAGUACUUCAAAGGUAUUACGUGCAGUUUCUAUCAGGAUUCGAUGCUCCCGCCUUGGAUCAAAUGAUCCAAAAUCUGCCAGUUUGUCCCGAAGAUGAAGGUGCAAUUCUUAGCGACAUGUGCUCGAAGAUAGCCAGUCUAACGGUGAAACAAGUCGAAGAUAACGAACUAUUCGAUUUUCGGGCAUUCCGAUUGGAUUGGUUUAGAUUACAAGCAUACAUGUCGAUCGCAAAAUGUAACAUGAACUUAGCCGAUAAUAGAGAAUUAGCGUCAUUCAUGGAUACCGUAGUGUUCCAUACGAAAAUGGUAGAUAACUUAGACGAAAUGUUAGUCGAAACAUCCGACUUAUCGAUCUUCUGCUUUUACAGUAAAGUAUUCGAAGAUCAAUUUCAAAAGUGUUUAGAAUUUCCCGCUCAAAACAGAUAUAUCGUUGCCUUUCCGUUAAUAUGCAGUCACUUCCAAAGUUGUACGCACGAACUCUGCCCAGAGGAGCGUCAUCACAUUCGCGAAAGAAGUUUAUCCGUUGUUAACAUGUUUCUGGACGAAAUGGCAAAAGAAGCCAAGAAUAUCAUCACAACCAUUUGCGACGAACAAUGCAAUAUGGGCGACAAACUGCUGCCGAAACAUUGCGCGUUGUUAAUCUCGCAAGUGGUGAAUCGAAAGAAGAAAGACAAAAACAAGAAGAAUAUGUACGAAAUCCAUAAACCCGGUAUAGAAAGUUACCGAAAAACAAGGGAAGAACUUACGACGAUGGAUAAACUUCACAUGGCGUUAACAGAGCUAUGUUAUGCUAUCAAUUACUGCCCUACUAUCAACGUAUGGGAAUAUACCUUCGCACCGAGGGAAUACUUGCAUCAGCAUUUAGAAUCAAGAUUUGCCAGAGCACUUGUCGGUAUGGUCAUGUACAAUCCGGACACUAUCGAAAUUGCGAAACCCUCGGAGCUCUUUGUUAGCGUUAGAUCCUACAUGAACGUACUUCAGACAGUUGAAAAUUACGUACACAUAGAUAUUACCCGCGUAUUUAAUAACGCCCUCCUUCAACAAACACAAGAGUUGGACAGUCACGGCGAUAAGACCAUCGCUGCUCUGUACACGCAAUGGUAUUCAGAUGUUCUACUGAGACGAGUCAGUACUGGGAAUAUCUGUUAUUCCGGCAAUCAAAGGGCAUUUGUCAGCUUGUCCGUGGAAGGCGCGAUGCCGUUCAACGCUGAAGAAUUUUCCGACAUCAACGAACUGAGAGCGUUAGCCGAACUCAUCGGACCCUACGGAAUGAAAAUGUUGAACGAAAACUUGAUGUGGCACAUAGCGAGUCAAGUGCAGCAACUGAAGAAACUAGUUGCUGGGAACAAAGACGUCUUAAUCGCCUUGAGAACAAACUUCGACAAGCCCGAAGUAAUGAAGGAACAGUUCAAAAGGUUGCAGCACGUAGACAACGUACUACAACGAGUUACGAUUAUAGGUGUAAUUCUAAGUUUCCGACAGUUAGCGCAGUCUGCGCUGGUCGAUGUCCUGGAGGAACGUAUACCGUUUCUUCUGAGCUCCAUUUUGGACUUCAGACACCAUUUGCCAUCUGGGGAUCCCAUGCGCAUUGUUUCGGAGAUGAUAUCCGCGGCAGGUUUAACUUGCAAAGUCGAUCCAACUUUAACAGCGGCUCUAAGGAGCCAGAAAUCCGAGGUAGACGAAGACGAACAUUUGCUCGUUUGUUUGCUGAUGGUAUUCGUGGCUGUCUCCAUUCCGAAACUGGCACGAAACGAGAAUUCAUUUUAUCGAGCAUCCUUGGAGGGCCACGCGAAUAAUAUACACUGUAUGGCGACUGCGAUAAAUAAUAUUUUUGGUGCAUUGUUUACUAUUUGCGGGCAAAACGAUAUAGAGGAUAGAAUGAAGGAAUUCCUAGCUUUGGCGUCGUCCAGCCUGCUCAGACUGGGUCAAGAGGCGGACAAGGAGGUAAUUAAAAACAGGGAAUCCGUGUACCUUUUGUUGGAUCAAAUAGUCCAAGAAUCUCCAUUCCUAACAAUGGAUUUGCUUGAAAGUUGUUUCCCGUACGCAUUGAUACGAAACGCGUAUCACGACGUGUACAAGCUCGAACAUUCACAGCCAUAAAAGCAUUGAUAAAAGGAUGUGUGUAUUUUUAGCUUGCCGCUCAGGGCUACUUUUUUACGUCCACUUUUACCGGAUAUCAUUUAAAGAUGAUGCAUUUUGUAUGGAGCAGUAUAUCUUCUAUUCACAUUUGAUACCUGCUUUAGGAUAUGCUAUAACAUACAAUAAUACGUUCUUUCCCAGUAUUCCGUUACAUGUCAUCCGUAUGUAAAGAAUGUUUUAUAUUUCAGGCGAAGUGUAAAACGCCUGCCUGUUUAAGAAUCGAAAUACACACGUAUCGUAAAGUAGAUAUCGUUCUAUCUGCUACAUUUUCUAAUGUAUAAUUGUAACUUUUACAAUAGUUUCUAAAAUAAAUCCGAUUAUCUAUAAACUGUGUACGUUACUUAUUA